AUGAGGUUAAAGAAUGUAUUUUGGGCAGAUGCCCGAAGUAGAGCUGCAUAUCAAUCAUUCGGGGAUGUGAUCACUUUUGAUACAACAUACCUUACCAAUGCGUAUAAAAUGCCGUUUGCACCAUUUGUUGGUGUCAACCAUCAUGGUCAGUCAAUCUUAUUUGGGUGUGGAUUGAUAUCCAAUGAGGAUGCGCAUACUUUUGAGUGGUUGUUUGAGUCAUGGUUGAAAUGUAUGAAUGACCAACCACCAAAUGCAAUCAUUACCGACCAAGACAAGGCGAUGCAACUUGCAAUUGCCAGGGUGUUCCCAUCGUCGAGGCAUCGCUUUUGUUUGUGGCAUAUCUUGAAGAAGCUUCCAGAGAAAUUCGGGUCACAUUCUCAAUAUAACGAGAUCAAGAGUAGUCUACACAAAUGUGUGUAUGACUCGUUAAGUGAGAAUGAGUUUGAAGAAGGAUGGUGCGAGAUGCUUGACACGUAUGAUCUACGCGAUAAUGGAUGGUUGGGAUCUCUUUAUGUUGAUAGGCGGUUUUGGGUGCUGGCGUACGUUAAAUGCACGUUUUGGGCUGGAAUGUCAACUACACAACGUAGUGAAGGCAUGAAUGCAUUUUUUGAUGACUACGUUCACUCUAGGACCGAACUGAAACAAUUUGUUGAGCAGUAUGAUUCAGCCCUUAUGAGGAAGGCAGAGAAUGAACGAAUUGCUGACUUCAGUUCAUUUAACGCUGAGAUUCCUUGCAUCUCCCGCUAUCCUAUCGAGAAGCAAUUUCAAAAAACAUACACAAUUGCCAAGUUUAAGGAAGUCCAAGAAGAAUUUCGAGGGUUUUUAUAUUUGAGUCACUCGUAUUUAGGGGGCGAUGGUGCAAAAUAUGAGUACGUUGUCGCGGAUGAGAUUGAAGUGAGUGAUGGAUUCAUUAAACGUGUAAACUACAAUGUAAGUGUAGAGGAAGUAGAUCCCCUAAAUAUUACAUGCAGUUGCAAGUUGUUUGAGUUUAGGGGAAUAUUAUGCAGACAUGCUCUUCGUAUUCUGGCACAGUUAGGCAAGACUGAAGUACCACAGAAAUACAUUUUGGCUCGUUGGAGGAAGGAUAUAAAGAGAGAUUAUUUGAAUGUAAAAAGCAGUUAUGAGGCGACAAGCAACCCUGUGAGAAAAAGGUUUGAUCGGAUCCAAAGUUGCUUCCACUCAUUGUGUUCAAAUGCCGCAAAGACAGAGGGGAACUGUGUGAAAUUGAUUGCUCAGCUAGAACAAUUAAAGCAAGAGUACCCGGAGGGGAACUCCUACGAAGGUACCACCACACCUGGACAAGCUAUGCCCAUGGAUGGCACGAGAGGCAAAGUUCUUAGUCCAUUGGUGGUUCGGAGUAAAGGGAGACCACCAAGUAAGAGAAAAACGCAUCCAGUUGAGAAGAGUCUCAAGAAACCGAGCACUAGAAGGAGAUUGCCCACAACAGAGGUUGUAUAUUGUUCCAUAAUUUUCUGA